AGGGGGAGCUUUCAUCGGCGGCGCUUCUUUGCCGAUCCUAUCGAUCUCGAUGCCCAUCAAAACUGGAGGUAUGAAUCAAGAGGCAGACGAACUCAAACGCCUAGGUGGAGAAGCGAUUCGAUACACAUCAGAAAAGGAUGGAGAUUCAGAACCUGGUUUGGUGAGGACCGACCAAACUCUCCUCGUUAUCAAGGCCCUUUUUUAUACAAAUCUUGCGUUUCGAUCUCGAUUGAGAGCAAGGUAUUUAAUUUCAAGACUCCAGGCCAGAUUGAAAUUUCUGAAUCCAAGAACGGUAAUUCUAGACUUAUUUCUUUAUCGCGUUCUACUGCCUUAUGGCUUUCGGAGUCCCUUAAGUCACCCACCCUUGGCUAGAGAGGGUUGGGUGAUUUCCAAAUAUGAAGGAAAUUUGCAGGCAAAAUCCCACUGGGAUUCAAAUCAGUUUGGAAACUUUGUUAGAAUUAGCGCAGGGAAUGAUAGGGAGGUGUCAAACAUUUGCAUUCCGACUGGAAGGCAUUCCGAGGGAAUUAAGCUUUUUGUUAAAGCUCUAAAUGUAGCCCUAAGCCUCCAAGAAGGGCAGGAAUCAAGGGAUAAGGUAUUGAAUUUCGUUAAAUCUCCUGCACCUCUGGACUUGCCAGAAUUGAUGCUUCCUGUGGAACGAGUAGACGAGGAGCAGACGAGGUUUCCUUCCAUUUCAUCUAAUAUUUUUGAACUAGAUAUUGCACAAGUUUUAAGAGUUGAUAGCAUCACAGAAAAGGGGCAAAAUACUGACUCAAAAGAGGAACUUGAAAAGGAAGAAAAGAGAGUCCAAAAGUUAUUCCAACCAGCAUUUGAGGCCUACUUUGAAACAAUCUUCAAGGUGGUGGAAAGACAAAUUAAAGAGGCUUUGGCAAGGACAGAACUUUUGGACAAACUCAAAAUGGGUCUAUUUCAAAAUAUGUCAGGGAAGACACUUAGAGCAACAAGGGAGACUGUGAAAAGCAUGGAAAAGGUGACCCUUGUUCAAUUCGAAGAUUCAAAGUACCCAGCUUUCGUUUCCUGCUCCAAGGCUGAUGAAGGGCUUAUGGCUGAAUUUCUAACACGGGAGCAGGCUGUGGAGUCCCAAUCUACAUUUGGUUAAGUCUCUUUGGAUCUGUUUGAGGCUCUCUCAUACUCAAGGGAGGGCCAAGAGAAACUAAGCUUGCAUUUUCCUUUCCAGUUUUGAGUCUGGGUAUAUAUAAAGUUUUUGUUCAUGGGCCAAAUCUCAUUCACAAGGAAAGAUGGAGUUUGUUUAAUGGAUAAUCCAAUAAAUUGGAAUGGAAGCUCAGCUUGGAAAAAUUCUAGCAUCAUAUUGUGUUACAAAUAUGUGCAGUGGCGUACACACUUGAGGGAAUUCCAAUCUGCAGCAUAGUCUUGCGGUUAAGGGCUCUCUGCUAAGGGACAUAGCGUUUAGUUUUAAGUUUUUAAAUUAUUACGCUUUUGAAGAGUGAGAUUGUGCUCUCCUUCAAAAGUUUUGGUUCUCUUUUUCUCAGUUUGGGAUUUACUACCUACUAGGAAGGAAGUAACUAGGGGGCUGAUUAAAUGAGUGGUCUAUUCCUUCUAAAGAGGUGCUUGCUCUUAAGUAAACAUUAAGAGGAAGAAGACAUUGUUGCUGUGCAGGAAAUUUAAGAGGAAGAAGACAUUUUUGCUGGGCAGGAAAUUUUAAGAGGAAGAAGACAUUCUGGGAUUGUUUCAGUAGCCAGCUCCUUUCGUAUUUGUAUUGAAUUUGGCAUCUUUUGUUUUAGUCUCCUUGUCUUUUGAUUUGGCCUUUUUUUGGGGUCGGUCACCCCCACCUUAUGUACUUCUCUUGUUUCCUUGAAUAAAAUCUUUUCCAUUAA